CUUAAGGAUCAGUAACAGAUCAUCCAUCUGUUGCUGCGAUUCUCAAUUUUUUUUUUUUCUCUUUUCGAAUCCAUCUCCAUAAUUGCUUCGAUUCUAUCGAUUCGCUUCAACUUUUGAUUCAAUUGGAUCUCUUGUAACAAAGAUUUUGCUAUCAAGAAUCGAAUUUUCUGAUUCGCUUCCUCAUCUUUUUCUUCGAUUGGAUUCUGAAGUCUAAUUCUUGGGGACUGCGGACGAUUCGCUCUCAAGUUCUUCCUCAAUCUCAUUCGUUCGUCGUUCAUCACAUGAUCUGGAUAAAUGGAAGGUCAACAACAAGAACAACAACAAGAAAUCUGGGUCGGAUGCAGACUAUCUGUAUCAAGGUUGAACAGUUUCAUUAGUAUCGCCAAUUCAUGGUCCUUGACUGCUGCGCACCAUGAUGAAGGAGCUGUUAUACAAGAUGUUCGAGUGUGGUUCCCUGGGAGUAUUCAAACCGUUGUCUUUGCACCAGAUGGUAAUAUUGUUGGUGGGAAUGGAGGAGCUGGUAACGGAGGAGGUGGUGGGAACGGAGGAGGUGGUGGGAACGGAGGAGGUGGUGGGAACGGAGGUGCACAGGAUCAAGCUAUUAUUGAGAAACAGAAUAAUGGUGGUGUAGGCCAACACAAUGGAUAUGAAGGUAAUGGAGAAGAUGAAGUUGACGCAGCAGCAGACGAAGAGGCAGCCAAAGUGGAUGAAAACGCAGACGAAGAGGCAGCCAAAGUGGAUGAAAACGCAGACGAUGAGGCAGCCAAAGUGGAUGAAAACGUAGACGAACAGGCAGCCAAAGUUGAUGAAAACGCAGAAGAGGAAGACGCUGCCGUAGCAGAGGAGGAAAACGCAGAAGGGGAAGACGCACAUGUUGAAGACGCUGCCCUAGCAGAGGAGCAAAACAAUGAUGAGAUUAACUCAAGGAAAAGGAAGAGGACCGACAAUGCAUGUGUUUCAAAUAAGAAAACGCAUACGUCGUGAGGGUAUUUCUCUUCUUCCAUUCGUCUGUUCAGAGAACAAGGGUAACAAUGCUUACUUAGUUAGGUGUGUCACAUACAUGGUCUUCUAGAGUUGAAUAAUAUAUGUUUCUGAGGGUAGGCGCUUCUUACAUUCUUCUGUUCAAUAGAGACGUAGAGUAAAAGUAACACUGCUUAGGUCUUCUAGAGUCGAACAGUAAAUGUUUUUGUUUGGUUCAAAUUUGUGUAAAUGAGAGACCGCAUAGUCUGUUUGGAGUGCGAUGUACUAAAGAAGAUUUUAGGAGUCAGUUGUAUCUUCCAUUAUCUGCGGCUGCGCCUUACAUUUGUUUCCUCUUAUUUUAGAGGCUGGGAAGUUAACAUUUUUUUUUU